GAUCAGCAAACUGCUGCAUCCAGGAGCCUUCACACAGCUGCGUGAUAGAUGUGAGAAGAACCAUUUCAGCUCGAAAGUGAUUAGUUUUGGUACGUCUGAAGUAUCUGUCCAAAAGAGUUUUAGAACAUUUCUGUGAAACUGGUCCAGCUGAGAGUAUCACAGAUGGAGAAUCUGGGGUUUGAGAAGUCCAAAGACGAUCCUCCGCUGUAUGAGGAGACCUCGUUUUCUGGUAACGGCUAUGGAAAGAUGGAGCAUCGCUCCAUCAGGCCGUCAGUGGUGAGCGCCUUCGGACACAACACCCUGGACCGAGUGCCUCAUCUCGACUUCUACCGCAACGCAGGGAGUGUGAGCGGACAGCGAGCCAUCAGACCGUCCCUGCAGGAGCUUCACCAGGUCUUCCAGAAGAGUGGCGAUGUGGAUAUCCCUGACGCACUGGAUGACAGUGAGGGGAGCGAUGUUUUACCGAGUCAUGAUCUUGAAGCCCCGCCUCCAGACAGCGCAGGGGGAAUGGUUAAAUUCGGCUGGGUCAAAGGAGUACUGGUGAGAUGUAUGCUGAAUAUCUGGGGUGUGAUGCUUUUCAUUCGUCUGUCGUGGGUGUUUGGGCAAGCAGGAUCAGGUUUGGGAAUUAUUAUCAUUUUACUCAGUUUGGUGGUCACCACACUCACCGGUCUGUCCAUGUCAGCCAUCUGCACUAACGGAGUCGUACGGGGAGGAGGAGCGUACUAUCUGAUCUCGCGCAGUCUGGGUCCGGAGUUUGGCGGUUCUAUCGGUCUGAUCUUCGCCUUUGCUAAUGCUGUAGCCGUGGCCAUGUAUGUGGUGGGCUUCUCUGAGACGGUGGUGGACCUGCUGAAGGAGAGUGACGCCAUGAUGGUGGACGAGACAAACGAUAUCAGGAUCAUCGGCUGCAUCACUGUGGUGCUGCUGCUUGGCAUCUCAGUCGCCGGGAUGGAGUGGGAGGCCAAGGCUCAGAUUGUGUUGCUGGUGAUCCUGCUGAUUGCCAUAGUGAACGUUUUUGUGGGGACAGUCAUCCCCGCCACCAAGGACAAAAAGAGCAAAGGCUUCUUUAGCUACCAGGCCUCCAUUAUGGCCGAAAACUUCACUCCAGACUUCCGAGACGGGGAAACGUUUUUCUCUGUCUUUGCCAUCUUCUUCCCGGCAGCCACAGGAAUUCUGGCGGGAGCGAACAUCUCCGGAGAUCUGGAGGAUCCUCAGAGUGCUAUUCCAAUCGGUACACUACUGGCCAUCUUCAUUACAGGAAUGACGUACCUGGGCAUAGCGCUGUGUGUGUCUGGUACAGUGGUGAGAGACGCUACAGGAAAUGUAAACGACACCAUCAUUCCAGGCUCCAGCUGUAAUUUCUCAACUGCCUGUAAUUUUGGCUAUGAUUUCUCUGUGUGCGCGCACACCAAGUGCCCUUACGGCCUGAUGAACAACUUUCAGGUGAUGACGAUGGUGUCUGGGUUCGGUCCCCUCAUCACUGCAGGAACAUUUUCUGCCACUCUCUCGUCUGCGCUCGCCUCCCUAGUCAGCGCUCCAAAAGUCUUCCAGGCUCUGUGUAAAGACAACAUCUAUAAGGCUCUGCAUUUCUUCGCUAAAGGUCACGGUAAAAACAACGAACCCAUCCGAGGCUACGUGCUCACCUUCGCCAUCGCUGUGGCCUUCAUCCUCAUCGCUGAGUUGAACGUCAUCGCUCCCAUCAUCUCUAACUUCUUCCUGGCCUCCUAUGCUCUCAUUAACUUCUCCUGUUUCCACGCUUCCUACGCUAAGUCCCCAGGCUGGAGGCCGGCGUAUAAGUACUACAACAUGUGGCUGUCCCUGUUCGGGGCCGUGCUUUGUUGUGCUGUGAUGUUCGUGAUUAACUGGUGGGCUGCACUUCUCACAUACGCUAUUGAGAUCUUCCUGUACAUCUACGUCACUGUGAAAAAGCCAGAUGUGAACUGGGGUUCCUCAAAGCAGGCCGUGACCUUUGUGUCUGCCGUGAACAAUACACUCAUUUUAUCAGGAGUGAAUGAACAUGUUAAGAACUUCAGGCCUCAGUGCAUCGUCUUGACCGGAGCUCCUAAAACCCGGCCGGCCCUGCUGGACCUCGCUCACUCCUUUACUAAAAACUAUGGUCUCUGCCUCACCUGUGAAGUGUUAGUGGGCUCUCAGGUGGACCGGCAGCAGGAGCUGAGUGACCGCAUAGAACAAAACCAGCUGUGGCUCAAUGAGCAGAAGAGGAAAGCGUUCUACACCGCCGUGGUGACACACAGCUUUCGCAAGGGAACGGAGAGUCAGUUACAGGCAGCAGGGUUGGGCAGGCUCAGACCAAACACACUGAUGCUGGGAUUUAAGAGAGACUGGAAGACAGCAAACAUCAAGGACGUGCAAGAAUAUGUCGGGGUUCUGCACGAUGCGUUUGAUUGUGAGUACGGGUUGGUGAUGCUGAGGCUCAAUCAGGGACUGGACAUCUCACACAUCCUCGCAGCUGAAGAGGAGAUGGAGAGGAUGCUCCUGGAGCAGCAGGCGAUGGAGAUGGAGGAGAACGGCUUUCAGGAAGGAGGACACGGGUUCUUUAACAGAUUCGUUAAGUCAAAGAAAGCUCUCAAUCCUAAAGGUGUGGACGUGCCCCAGUCGUCUGAUGUGCUGAAGAUAAACCAGCGUCUGAUGGAGGCCAGCUGCCAGUUCAAGAGGAACCAGGGGAAGGGGACCAUCGACGUGUGGUGGUUAUUUGAUGACGGAGGUCUGACUCUGUUACUGCCCUACAUACUGACCACCAGGAAGAAGUGGAGAGAUUGUAAGCUGCGCAUCUUCACUGCAGGACAAGCGGAGCGUGUACAGCAAGAGAAAGAGGAAAUUGACUCUCUGUUGAACAAAUUCAGGAUUAAAUGCCUGGACAUCAUCAUCAUCACAGACCUUCACAUCAGACCCACUACAGAAAACUGGAAGCUGUUUGAGGACAUGAUCGCACCGUUCCGGCUGUACGAGGGCUCGAAGGACACGGCUGAGGCUGAAGCCCUGAGGAAGGAGAACCCCUGGAAGAUCACUGACGCUGAGCUGGACCGCUUUGAGGAGAAGACGACUCUUCAGGUGCGUCUGAAUGAGUUACUGCAGGAGAGCUCCAGAGCAGCUAAACUUAUCAUACUGAGCAUGCCGAUCGCCCGUAAAGGCUCUGUAUCUGAUCACCUUUACAUGUCGUGGUUGGAGGUCCUGACUAAAAACCUGCCCCCCACUGUGCUGGUGCGCGGGAACCACAAGAGCGUUCUCACCUUCUACUCAUAAAGGCAGUGUUCCAAUCCCAUUUUCACUAUGUCCUAUGCCCUACUGCCUCAGGAGAGAUUAUAACACAUAUUUAACCUGUAGUGUCCUAACCUAACCUUAACCUGUUAGCACCAUGAUCACGUUCUCUAAUGACACGUAAUGAUUGAUUAGCUCAUACCGGGGAAUUAACCAUGGAGAAGUGGAUGAGGGUGCAGGAAUGAGACACAGCCCAUGAAGAACACACUACUGCUCUCUAGUGGAAAUGUACAUCUCUACAGUUAGAUUUAAUGUGUAUGUGUCCUACAGGUCAUAAAAUAAAAGCUGAAAGUAAUUGCUUAUGAUGAAUGAAUGCAUAGAAGGAUUUAAGAUGAAGUGUAAUUUGCUGCAGUGAGUCACUAAGCGGAUGGUUGGAAGGAUGAUGGAUAAAUAACGAGUGAAGAAAUAUGACAGAUGAUAUUGGUGGAUAUUUGCAGUAUAAAUGUAAUAAAUGUAUGUCAGAUAAUAAUAAUGGAUCUACAGAUUGGUGAUGGAUGGGGGGGUAAUUAUAAAGACACUGAGUGGUAUUUUCGAGGCUGUUUUUUUUUUGUCCUGUAGGUUUUUGUAUAUUUUGCACCUUAGUUAGGAUACAGCUGGGGAAAUAACUACACAUAUUAAACAAAUAAAGGUCUCUGUAUUUAUAAAAGCUUUGGGUCUCUUCUAAUGAAAUAAUAAAUAGAUUUCACUCUGGACAUUUUAUAUACUAUAAAUGUAAA